UUUAUCUGUGGGGUAUAGCUCCAAAGUACAAAAACAAAAACGUUUUUAGUGUUUUGCUAAGUUCAAUAACCUUAUAGUUAUAGAAAUGUAAUAUUUGGCUCAAGUUUUGCUGUUGGAAAAAACACAAAAUAAUUUCAUUGCUAAAAUACCAACUAAUGCUUGAAAUCAAAUGUGUAUGCAGUAAUGCUUCUCCUUAGCCCCAAGUGCCAAGCUUUGUGAAUGUUGAGAUCUAUUUUACUGUAUCUGAAUGAUUAUUUUUAACAGACUUUCUCCUUUGUUGAUUCACAGGAAUGUGUUACACAACUGAAUAUGAGGGAACUACUAUCAGUUGGCAUGGAUGGCCCCAGUGUGAAUUUCAAGUUGGUGGAUCUUCUCCAGAAAGAGCAUGCAGAGCUCUACGGAGGUGCUCAGGUUGUCACUGUUGGAAGCUGUGGACUUCACACCCUCCACAAUGCUUUAAAGGCAGGCUUUACUAUGUGGCAGUUGGAAAAACUUCUGCGAGCCAUGCACUUCCUUUUUCAUAAUGUUCCUGCCAGGAGGGAAGACUUCACUAGCCUGACAGGGUCCUCCUGCUUUCCCUUACCAUUUUGUGGCCAUAGAUGGGUUGAAAACGUUCCUGUGGCAGAGAGAGCAGUUGAAGUUUGGCCAGUGAUUAAGACAUAUGUGGAUGCUGCAGAGAAAAAGAGGGUCCCAGUCUCUUGCACUGCUUCAUAUGACACCAUAGUAACAGCACAAAAAGAUCCUUUCAUUAUUGCAAAACUCCAGUUCUUUCUGGCAAUUGCAAGGACUUUCAACCCCUUCUUGACAAAGUUCCAAACCGAUGAGCCAGUGUUGCCCUUCUUGGUCAAAGAUUUGACUGAGCUGCUGAUGAGUUUACUGAGGCGGUUUGUUCAACGAGAGCUCCUCCAGGACCUCACACCCCUGCAGCUGAUCAAAAUAGAACUAAAGGAUGAAAAGAACUUGGUCUCCCCUAUGAGUAUAGACAUAGGCCUGGGUGCUGAAUCUGCCAUCAAGGUAAUUUUGAUAUACUUUUUUUUUCUCCAGAGAUGCACAUGUGUUUUGGGUUGCAUGCACAAUGUACCAGGAUGUAUGUUGUAAAAUUAACUUUUUGUAGUAGUACUACUACUGAUACUACUAUGCUUAGGCUGCUACUACUAAUAGUAAUAAUAAUGAUAAGAAGAAAAAGAAAUAGGGAUAAAAAAGUAAAACAGAU